UAUCCAAUUCAAAUAGAAACUGAAGAGUGUAGACUGAAGAGCAGAGCUAAACCAUUAACAGAAUCGUACCGAACUGAACCGGGUUGGUUUGUUUGGUUAGGUGAUGGAGGAGGAAGGAUCGUCGAUGCAGUCAAAGUACAAAGGAGUGAGGAAGAGGAAGUGGGGGAAAUGGGUUUCGGAGAUCAGACUUCCCAACAGCAGAGAACGCAUAUGGUUGGGGUCUUACGACACCCCCGAGAAGGCGGCGCGUGCCUUCGACGCUGCUCUCUUCUGCCUCCGAGGAAGCAACGCGAACUUCAACUUCCCCGAUAAUCCUCCGGCGAUCAGCGGCGGAGGAAACAUGUCGCGGUCGGAGAUCCGAGAAGCGGCUGCGAGGUUCGCUAACUCGGAGGAGAAUGUCGCGAGGGAGAAGGACGAGGAGAUGAUGCAGCAAGAGUGUACUACACCCUCGGCGGCUUCGUCGUCGAUGAUGAUGAUGACGAUGGACGUUGAUGACUCGGAGUUUUUGAGUAUGCUUCCGACGGUUGGUUCGGGUAAUUUCGCUGCCGAUUUCGGGUUGUUUCCCGGGUUUAUGAUAGGAUAGCACACGGUGGAGUUGAGAACAGAGUUGACAAGAUGGUCCUACGUAAGUCAACUAGAGCAAAGGUACCAACAAGAAGAUACGUGGACUAAGGAAGGAGUAUUUCAUUUUGUUAUUUCUUAUUCAAUAAAAGACCUAGUCUUGAGGAGAUAGUUCUCCACUUUGUUGCAUUCCUGUUUUGUAGGAAGUUGAGUACUUCCACUUUCCCUCAUUCACGUAUUGUAAGGAGUCAUGACUCCAUUUGUUUUCUUAUUUAAGCUAAUGAAAAACCCAGAAAAAGGUAGACUUAUCUACCAACAAA